CAGGAGAGCUGUUUCUCUUGUUCUAGAUUAUAGAUCAUCAGACUGUUUGCUGGCUGACCGGCCAAUUUUAUCCGUCAUAGAGCACCACGUGAUACAAGCUUGCGCGCGCCGCGCUCUGCUCAAGAAGAUGGAAGAAAACGGGGAGGAGCUCAAAGACAAAGAGCUCUCUAGUUUCCUGGCCAAAAUUGAUGAAAUCGGUGACCUGGUGAGUGAUCUGAGAGGCGGGUCUGUGGCAGCUGCAGGGAAUGCUCUCAGGAGAGCAGACGAGUACCUAGCCCGGCAAGGUGGGGACAGGGUGACCCACGACAGAAGUGUCAUCAACACGGGAGAGGGGCAGUCAGCUGAUGAACACAGCUCCAGAGGAAGCGAAAAGGAGCAUGUGGAGUUUAUGAAGACACUGGAGGAAGAUGCAAGGGAUAGAGGAGAGAGGAGGAAGGAGAGGGAGGCACAGGGGAGGGAUCACAAGAAGAGAGGGAACACAGCAUUCAGAGCUGGCCAGUUUGAGAAUGCAGUGACAGAGUUCUCUGUGGCUCUGAGACAUACUCCAUGGGACAUCAGCCUCUACACCAACAGAGCUCUAGCAUAUAACCGACUAGGGUGCUAUGAUGAUGCAAUUGUGGACUGUGAUUCUGCUAUAAGGCUGGAGCCAUGCAAUUUGAAGGCGUACCUGCAGAGAGCAAAGGCACUAACUGGCCUACACAGAGUGAAAGAGGCAGUAGAGUGCUACACUGAAGCUGAGAAAGAGUUUCCAAACAAGGCAGACACCAUUGCUAGUCUACGCAAAGCCAUAGAACCAUAGAGCAUUUCCUCAUCAUCAUAAUAUACAUAAAAAGUAUAUAAUUGACAUGUAUAUACACAAUGAGCUGUCAAAAAUAGAGAAAAACAGUCACAAACACACUAAAACAUCAUGGAAUACAACAUUAUAGAAGUAGUGGACGCAUUACUACACGAUCCAGUAGUGACCCAGAUCCACGCACUGUCCUCUUGCUCUGGAUUGAGUGCCACCAUCGCCAGCGUGAAGAGAAGAAACGGGUUUCACGACGAGAGACAGGACCCUGACCCAGUUGAGAACGUUCACCUCCAUCUCCAGCAGACUGAAUCUUGUCCCCGUACUCUGUCACUGUCUUCUAUGCAGCCUCAAGCUGCUCCUCCACUCUCGCUCCUCACUCUUCGACCUCUGGUACUUCCCCGGAGCUCGCCAUCCUGCGUCGAGUCCUUCAUCUGGCUCCUCUGAGUGUCGAGCCAGAGCUCUUUGCACUGUUUCAGCAGUCUGCGCUCAAACGAGCCUCUGGAGUGGUGUCUGUAUCAGUGCCUGUCUCGUUUCUGCUGUUGCUAGCCAUCACACUCUCCCUCGGUCUCCGUCGUCUUUUUCUUUAGUUCACGAUUCUCGACCUGCAGCGUGUCCACCUGC